AUGGAGGUCAAGCUGUUCGUCUGUGGCGCCGUGUUCGUGGUUUUUGCGGCUACAGGCAGCCAUGCGCAGAUAGACGUUUGUGGCAUUGCGCCGCUCAACACCAGGAUCGUAGGAGGGGAGAACGCUGUUCCCGGGUCGUGGCCCUGGCAGGCCAGUCUGCACGGCGAUUCAGGUCAUUUCUGUGGAGGCUCCCUGAUCAACGAUCAGUGGGUCCUGACUGCUGCUCACUGUUUCCCCAGCAUCCCGGCCAGUCUCAUCGUUUACCUCGGCCGUGACACCCAAGACUUACCGAAUUCAAACGAGGUGUCCCGGACCGUGACCCAGGUCAUCACGCAUCCCAACUAUGAUGUCCCCUCGCACAACAACGACAUAGCCUUGCUGCGUCUGUCCUCACCUGUUACCUUCAAUGACUACAUCACACCCGUGUGUCUGGCAGCGGACGGCAGCGCCUUUGACGCCGGGACGACCUGCUGGGUCACCGGAUGGGGAUCCAUUCGAUCUGGCGUUUCCCUUCCUUACCCCCAGAAUCUGCAGGAGGUGAGUGUACCCAUCGUGUCCAACAGUGAUUGUAACGCUGCCUACGGUACAAUCACAAGCAACAUGAUGUGUGCCGGUGUGGCCCAGGGAGGAAAGGACUCCUGCCAGGGGGAUUCAGGCGGCCCGCUGGUGACUAAAACCAGCUCAAUCUGGGUCCAGGCUGGAGUGGUGAGUUUUGGAGAAGGCUGCGCCCAACCUAAUUUCCCCGGAGUCUACGCCCGAGUGUCCCAGUAUCAGUCCUGGAUCAACAGCCAUAUCAGCACCAACCAGCCGGGCUUCGUCAGCUUCUCGGGUUCAGCCUCUGGAACCGUUCACCUGGUUUCCCUCUCGCUUCCUCUGCUGCUGUCCAUCGUGCCGGCUCUCUUCUCCCUCUUUCUCCUUUCAUAGAGUCAAAAUCUCUGUCUCAUAUUUUUUUGCCUUUUGAGAUUAAUUUACCUUAAGACAAGCAACAAAAUCUGCUCCUGGAGUCAAAUAUUUCCACCUGUUUCCAGCUCGGCUUCUUGUGCUGAAGGAGUUUUUACAGAAAAGAGUCGAUAGAGGAGAAGAAAAACUGGUGUAAUGACACCUGAUUUAAAAAAACAAGGGCUACAACAAGCAAAUGUUUUCAUUACCGAUUAAUCUGCUGAUUAUUUUCUCCAGUGAUUGAUUCAUCAUUCUGUCUCUUUCCCUGUUCUGUCUACAACUUACUGGAUGUUUUGCACAAAAGAAUAUAGAAGUUUAUAUAACGUUAAAACUUGGUUUUGUAUUUUCUCAGUAAUUGAUUUAUUUAUUCAGUCAUUUUAUAACUUCACACAACCUGAUGUACUCAAAAAACAUUUGGACCAGCAGCAUAAAACCCAAACAUGUUCAGUAAAUCGUUGCAUCAGAGAAGCUGGAACCAGACAACCGUUUGUUUAACGACUAAAAUCAAUUAUCAAAACACUGUAAAACUUAAAUGAAUAGUCGGGCUUUUAUUUGCUUCAGUCACUGAACUCACACUACAUUUAGGAAAGGCGUCUACAGGAGUUUUUAUACAUCAGCGAGACUCCUACAAAAACCAGAUCACACCCGGCCAGUAACAGGGACAGGCGUUUUUGUUCAGUUAUCAAUUAAUUUUCUAUUGAUAAACUAAUCGAUGUCCAGUCGUUGAUGUUCUAAUAACUGUGCUGGAAACAUGUGAAAUAAUUUGAGCUCAGCUGCAGAAUUUUCACAUCGGUGGAAACUUUAAACUUUUUGGUGACGACAACCUUCAACAAUGAAAUUAUGAUUUUAUGGAGCCUGGAGUCAAUCAGAGCUUUUCAGUGUUUAAUUAUAAUCAGUUAAUAAACUCACCCAUAAGCUUUUAAUCAAACUCAAUACUGACUUUAAAUCAUGCUAUAAACUCAAAGAUCCAAUAAAAGAUCAUUAG